AUGGCGUCUGCGGGCGAGGCAGACACACCUGAGCCUACGCCGAGAGACGAGGGCUCAGGCGAUGGUGGCCAGCCCAGUAAAAAGCGCAGAACCGGCCCAAACUCGCGCGGCGUUGCCAACCUCACCCCCGAACAGCUUGCCCGCAAGCGUGCAAACGACCGAGAGGCCCAGCGCGCCAUUCGCGAGCGCACAAAGAACCAGAUCGAUGCCCUCAACCAGCGCAUCCGCGAUCUCGAGAGCCAGCAGCCCUACAGCGACCUGCAGGUCGUCCUGCGCGAGAAGGAGGCCAUCCAGGCGGAGAAUGCCGACAUCAAGAAGCGCCUCGAGAGCGUACUCAGCAUCAUCCAGCCCAUUGUGCGCGCCACCGGCGGCUUGAACGAACUCGCAGCCGCCGCUGAACGCUCGCCCCUUUCUCCUAUCCAGCCUCCACAACAGCAGCAACAACAACAACAACAACAACAACAUCAAAACCAAAGCCAUCAUCUCCAACAACGCGAUGCGCGCCAGCUCCAUGCCCCCAUCGCUUCGGCCUCACCGCACAAUGGUGUACCCUCGCCCGGCGUGCACGACGCAAACGCAGCCAUAGGCACAGGCGCGUGGCUCUACCCCAACGAUGCGCCCACGAGCCAUCUGCGCCGCUACUCGAGCGAUAGUCCAGGUCCACAAUUCCACCAGGCGCGCAUCAACACGGAUAUGCCCUUUGACGAGCGUCUGGGCGUCGACUUCCUGCUCGAUAAUGGCCAGCGCAGGGCUGUCGACCCCAACCUGCCACCUCCACAUCAGAUGCGCCCCAGCAACGUCAGCACCAGCCAGCACGCACAGUACGCCCCCAACAUGGUCGCCCACUUGACGCUGCCGCGCAAUCUGCCUGCCACCUGUCCGCUCGAUGUGAUCCUGCUCGACUUCCUCCAGGACCGGCAGAAUCGCGCGGCCGAAGGGGUGCCGGUCAAGACGCUGGUCGGCCCUCACUAUCCCAACUUCACCUCGCUAGCCUACCCCGACCGCGCUGUUGAGUCGCAUCCGCUAUCCAAGCUCUUCACAGAUAUCCUGCGCACAUUUCCAGACAUCUGCGGGCGCCCAGAGCAGGUGGCUAUCGUGUUCAUCAUGUUCCUGAUCAUGCGCUGGCAAAUUGAGCCAACACAGGAAAACUACGACCGACUGCCACAUUGGGUAACCCCACGUCCGUCGCAGCUGUUUACCGCGCAUGCGUUGUGGAUCGAUCAUCUCCCUUGGCCCCGUCUUCGCGACAAGCUCAUUGCCGCGCAGCCCCAAGUCUCGUUUGAGAACUUCUUCAUCCCCUUCACCACCACAAUCUCCCUCAACUGGCCCUAUGAGCACCGUGAUUGUCUGCUUCCUGCCUCGAUGGUCCGGACCUCGACUCUCUCCACCACGUCGUCCAUGUCGGUAUCUUCGCCCUUUUCAACGCACGUGAAUGCCGGCUCGCCACAGGGGCCUGCAACACCGCAGCCGCUCACUGGCAAUGCAGCUGCUUGCAUACCGAGCAUGGAGCAGUUGCCCAAGGAAGAUGAUCAAUGGCUCAUCAACCCGGCCUUUGAGACGCAUUUGCGCGACCUCAACAACUGGACUCUAGGUCCUAGCUUCAGAGGCACCUUCCCCAUGUUUGCUGAUGCCGUCAAGAUCAAGGAAGGGAGAUGA